UCUCUCUUUCUCUCACUAUCACUCCCUCACUAACUCACGCGCAUCCUCACUUUCUCUCUCCUCAAAUCUCCAUCUCUACUUUUUCUGUGUUCUUCCUCUCAUUUCUCUCUCUCUUCUCGGAUAAGCUUCUCACAUUUCUCACUUCACAUCGUCUUUCUCACGGAAUUUGGAGAAAAAAAGGGGAGAAUAAGAUAAAGUGGCUGAUCAGUUUAGAACAGCAUGCUGUGGUUUUGUCAAUCAGUAGAUGUUUAUCGGAAAGUUGUUUCUCUGAAUUUAUAUUGCCGUGUUAUUCUGUAAAUCAAAAAAUCCCUUAAUUCAAUUACCAAAUCCCCCAUUCUGUUUUUUUUUCUUCCUGAUCUCAGAAAACCCUAAAUUUUGCCCCCUUUUUUUAUAUUAAUCAGAAAUUACCAAAUGGGUUCAACAUUUUUCAUCGUUAUCCCUUGUUACGUUCGCAGGAUCCUCUAAAUUAGUCUCUCAAAUUCUGGUAUUUGUAGAAUUUUGGGUAUUUUUUAAGGAGGGUUGAGUUUGAUUUGUGUUCCUUUCCGUGGAAGAAAGGUUAAAGGGUGGGUAAAGGGGUUGGAGAAGUAGUUAUGGUGUGCCAAUCAGCUGGUCAGACAAGAUUUCGCACUUUGAAACAUGAACAUGGAGUUUCUGGGUUUUCUACCAUCAUAGUUAGAGUCAUUGCUUGCUUCCAACCUCUUGGCAAUUGUCAGGCCGAAUACUUUCGUCAUUUACUCAAGCCGGUAACGUAGAUAAGAUUAUAGUUCAGUGUUUUGGGUUUUGGUUUAGCUGGGUUUCUUACUUUUUACUACAUCUUGGAUAAUUCUUCAAGCAAUCACAAAAGCAAGGCCUUCGAAUCGCCCUUGUUGUGAUAGUUGUUUGGGUUGAUGGAAAAGGACUUUGAGUCCUGGUUACAUCAACGGGAACCGGAUUUGCAGUUUCCUAAUGCUAAACCCUUGAAACUGCCAUUUGGUAAUCUAGGGAUGCAAAACACGGGCAUCCCUUCUGCAACGCCUUGCGCCAAUGCAGCCUUACCUUCGUUUGGAUUUACAGGACAGCCCAAUUUCAAGAUGGGGCAACCCAAGGAACCUCACGGGUGGUUCUAUUGUUUGCCCCGUUUUAGACAGGGUCUUGUACCAGAUUCGACGCUCCAUGAUAAUAAGUUCAUGGGUGGGCUUGUACCAGAUUCAACGCUCCACGAUAAUAAGUUCAUCCCAGAAGUUGAUUUUCCUGGCAAGGCUAGUCCUGAUGCAGGACGUGGUCCGAAACAGUUUCUUGUUUUUGAUCGGACGGGUAACAAAACAACCUUGAUAUUAAGCUCUAUGAUGGGUGGUGCUACAAACCAUCCACCACUCAACUCUUGGAACCAAAACAAACCUAAAAAUGUCAAAGAGGGUGGUGAGGUUGGAAAUGGGAGUGAUGAUGGACUUCAGUUUCAUUCUGGAACUGUCAAUUUGACUGAUGAUUUGGAUAAUAAUAAUGAUGAUGAUGAUGAUGAUGAUAAUGAGAUUAGUGAGAUGCAUGAAGACUCGGAAGAUAUCGAUGCAUUGCUCUCCUCAGAUUGUUACAGUGAAGAUGAUGUUGAAGAUGAUGAAGAAACAAGUACAGGGCAUUCCCCUAUUGCCACAAUCACUGCUUACAACGAGAAGCAGGAUUGGUUCCAUGAAAAUGGUGACACGGAUGAAGUGGCAAGUUCCGUGGGACCCACUAAAAGGCGGAAACUGUCGUCCACAACAUACAACACCCUUAAGCACAAGGAGUUAUCAGAGUACGAGGACGAUGCAGAAUCUAGCUGCAUUGGGCCUGAUCAUUGGGCCGGGAUAGGGCCAGACCGGGCCGGUACGAAGAAGGAUCGAAAGGAAAAGAUACGCGAGACGGUGAGCAUAUUGCAGACGAUACUCCCAGUCGGAGGAGGAGACGGUAAAGAUGCGGUUGUGGUUUUAGAUGAAGCCAUUAACUACCUGAAGAAGCUAAGAUAUGAAGCCAGAUCUUUAGGGAUAUCUGGCCUAUAGUAGAAGCUCCAAAAUUCGGUUCGGUUCGGUUCUGCUCUGUUUGGUUCGGUUCUGCUCUGUUCGGUUCGGUUCUGUUCUGUUCUGUUCUGUUCUUGGCCUCAAGAAGAAGUUUUAAUUUUCUUUUGAUUUUCUUCAGUUGUGGACUGAAGACUUUCAAUGAUUCAAACGAUGGACCCUAAAAAUCUCCAUAUCAGAAAACGCACGCCCCAUAUUGGGUUUGGGAUGGGACCCACAUGUAAACUUUUUAGUGUGUCCUGUUUUUAUUUUUAUUUUUAUUUUUACAGGAAUAAUAAAUUUUAAUUUUUUUUAAUGCAUUAUUAUUAUUAUUAUUGUUUAAGGGUGGGACAUUAGACUCAUCACUUUAAUGGGUAGGAAUGGCACGAGGAGAGUCCUAGUUGGCCUUUUGAUGUGUUUCAUCAUUAAAAUCCAUAUUAAAUCAAUCUUUGUUUGUUGAAUUGUUUUUAUUAACAAUAAUAUUAUUAAUAUUUGUUAUUAUUAUGGAAUGGAUGUUUUCUUUUGCUUUA